AUGGAGCACGCGGUGGACACCGUACCAGAAGACGUUGCACCCAAAUUGGAAAAUAAAUUCAGCUCUGUACUGAAGCCCUCGGCAAACACGGUCGUAAAGUGCUUGAAAUGCGACAAGGUGUAUAUAUUUCCCGCUGACAAAGACGACUGCCUGGCGCACCUGUAUCUGGAGCAUCGGCUGGUCAUCGCCGAUGUGGAGGAUAUCGCGCUGUUGGAGGAUUAUUUGCAAUACUGGCAAAAAGAGUUUCAUAGCCAUGAAUUCGAGCAAUACUGCACGACCAUGUUCCUGGACCAGUUGCCCGAUGGAACAUAUGCCAGAAACGAGAAAUAUUAUUUGCUCUGUGAUAUACUGCCGCAGGACUACGAGCUUCGCCAGCGACUGCGUGAGGAGCGACUGAAAACCGCCCUGGAGCGACACCAUUUCGAGCUCACGGACCGGAACUUCUCCAAGGAGUGUCUUUUCUGCAGAACCGUAAUCAAGGGCCUUAGGGCCGACUACCUGGAUCACUUGUUUGACAAGCACUUUCUGCUGGUGGGAAAGCCCGAGAAGUUGGUCUAUGUGGAUGAGCUGCUCGACCAGCUGGAAGCAAAUUUGAACCAAUUGAUUUGCCUGUACUGCGAGAAGGUCUUCAAGGAUAGAACCACGCUGAAGGAACAUAUGCGCAAGAAGGGGCACAAGCGCAUCAAUCCCAAUCGCCGCGAGUACGACAAGUACUUCCUAAUAAACUACAAUCGGGCCCCGGCUCCGGCACCUCGAAAGCAGCUGCACCAGAAACGACGACAGCCCUCCGGGUCAGUCUCCGCAGACGUGGAAAACAUGGACUUUGACAAGCACUUUGCUCGUCCAGACUCGGAGGGCGAGCAUGAUUCGGACUGGUCUGACUGGGCCGGGGAUGGCGAGCCACAUUCGCUCAAGUGUCUCUACUGCCCGCAUUUCGGCGACCAUUUCGCUGGCCUCAAACAGCACAUGAUAGAUGCCCAUAGCUUGGAUUUCGAUGUCGCCACCAGCGCACUGAACUUCUAUCAGCGCGUCAAGGUGGUCAACUAUAUACGUCGCCAGCUGUGCAUGCGUCGCUGUGUUAGCUGUGACAUCCAGUAUGAUGAUCUCGACUUGCUAACCGAACACAUGGCCCAGGAGUCUCAUUGCGGUAUCGGUGAGCGAUCCAGUUGGGACAAGCCAGAGUUUUUUUUCCCGUACAUGGAAAAUGAUGGCUUGUUGUGUGUCCUGGACGAUUCAACGGGCGACGAGCCUGAUACCGAUGUGGUUCGCAUCAUUUCCGAGGACAGUCUGGCGCAAGUCAACAAGGAUGCGGAGUCGUUAUCAUUAGAGAAUUUCAAGAUAUAAAAUGUAUAUUUUAGAGAUAUUAUUAAAACAGUUUUUGUUUUCAUCGGUA